AACAUUAAUCCGUCAGACGCCUCAUUCAUCGAGUUUUACAGCUAUGAAUUUCAUGCAUUUUUCUUAUUGACAUGAUGCUAUUUUGUAGUUAAUGAGAUAUAAGACAGCGGUUGUCAGUGUUUGUGUCGUGAGAGUGUAAUUAGUGUUCAAGAUGAGGUUGAGUUCAUCUGUCUUUGCUUUACUCUGUCUCAUAUGUGAGGUUGUGAGCAUCGCUCUCUUCCUCAGAGGAUUCUUCCCUGUUCCUGUCAAAUCAUCCUUUUCAUCCAAAAGCAAAGUGUCUCACUUUCCUGCUGAGCCACUAACAGGAAGUGGAGUAAACUCCAGCAAAAUCCCUGGAGCGUUGUUCAGGCGGGUGGUGAUAGUUUUGAUUGACGCUCUUAGAGAAGACUUUGUGUUCGGUUCUGAUGGCCGCAGGUUCAUGCCAUACACCAGAAAUGUGGUGGAAAGAGGCUCGUCCCACAGCUUUAUCGCCAAAGCCAGAGCACCCACCGUCACCAUGCCUAGAAUAAAGGCCCUGACCACCGGCAGUAUUCCAGGUUUUAUAGAUGUUGUGAUGAACCUCAACUCUCCAGCCCUGUUGGAGGAUAAUCUCAUCUGGCAGGCCAAAACCGCUGGCAAGCGAAUCAUCUUUUAUGGUGAUGACACUUGGGUCCGGCUCUUCCCCAAACACUUCAUGGAGCAGGACGGAACGACAUCCUUCUUUGUCUCCGACUACAUGGAGGUGGAUAAUAAUGUGACCCGUCAUUUGGAUGACACUUUGAAGAGAGACGACUGGGACAUUCUCAUCUUACACUAUCUGGGUCUGGAUCACAUUGGUCAUAUUAGUGGACCACACAGCUCUCUGAUUGGACCAAAACUCAUGGAGAUGGAUGACAUCAUUAAGAAGAUACAUGCCUCCCUCAUAUCAAAGGAAUCUGAAGGGACGUUGCCCAACCUUCUGGUCUUAUGUGGAGAUCAUGGCAUGUCUGAAACCGGCAGCCAUGGCGGAUCAUCAGAACCAGAAAUCAACACGCCCCUCGUGCUCAUUAGCCCCGCAUUUCGGAGGAAAGCCGAAUUUGAGGAGCCGGGUGUUCUGGAGCAGGUGGAUCUGACGCCCACCCUGGCGCUGGGUCUGGGAUUGCCCAUCUCUCAGAACAGUGUGGGCCGUUUGAUUCCAGCCGUGUUUGAGGAGCUGUCACUCAGAGAGCAGCUACGCUUUCUUCAGCUCAAUGGACACCAGCUCAGCCGUCUCCUGCAGGACAGCAAUCCUACCUUUCACAAGGAGGACGGCUACGAACUGUUUCGCGUGGCGGAGAAGUCUCACACCAGCUGGAUGAAGCUCUAUGUGGAUGGAAACACCUCGGAGGUUCUCAGUAACAUGGGCAAGAAGGUUCUCAAACAAUAUUUGGAUGCUCUGAAGGCCAUGAGCUCAGCCCUUAGCAAACAGCUGGGGAAAUAUGACAUGUACUCUAUGAUUAUGGGCAUGAUAUUCCUUCUUCAGGUUCUGGGUCUGCUGCUGUUGGCUAUGCCGGAGGCGUUGAGCAGAGAUGCAAUUGUGGAUGUCCCGUUGGCAGCGUCUUUGUUCUCGCUGCCCUUCUACCUGCUGUGUCUGCUCGGUGCCGCCCUGCACGUGCUGAUCUGCACCUCGGCCGGGGGUCUCUGCUACCUCUGCAGCCUACCUUGGGUCUUAGUGUUCACCGCUAUCCUCCUCUCCUCCGCCCUGAUGUGUGCUCUGGUUGCCAUGGCAGCAAGGAGGAUGCCCAACAGCAGCAGUAAGACCCCUACUAAGGGUUCAGAUUGGACUCUCUCAGAGUUGGACGUUCUUUUGCUGGUGGGUACUGUGGGUCACACCCUCAGUUUGGGUUCCAGUAGUUUCAUUGAGGAGGAACAUCAGACCUGGUACUUCCUGCUCAACACUUUGUGCCUGGCAGUCUUCCAGGAUGUCUGCAGGAAGUACUUCAGAGAACGGAGACAUAGAGGUGAGGAAGAGGAGGAGGGUCCUCUGCUUCCCUCCACUGCUGAGGAAACAUUUUCCUCUCCUUCCUCUUUCUUCCCGGAGCUGGGGAUCAGCGCGGGGUCAGAGAAGUGGCUGGCGCUGGCGACUCCACUGCUGACCCUGACCUGCUGUCGUCUGCUGAGGUCACUGAAUCAGACCGGGGUGCAGUGGGCGCACCUGCCAGACUUCGGACACUGGCUGAACAGUGGAGAUCAUAAGAUGUUUCUCUCUGUGCUGGCGGCGCUCUCGCUGGCUCUGAUCUUCCUCCUCAUCCAGCGUCAUUGCUCUCUGGUGUCUAAGAUCGCCCUGGUGCUCGGCCUUCUCGGAGUUUACAGCUAUCGCGCCGCUGUCGGAAACGUCCUGUUCCCAUGGCAACACAGCAGCCGUGCUGUCUCCAAGGGAACCGUUGAGGCGCGAUUCGUCUAUGUCUUCGUCCUCGGGAUCCUCUUCACUGGCGUGAAGGACCUGUUGCGGGCGCAGCUGACGUCCUCGGCCGUGGACGGUGGGCGCUUGAAGAGCAGAGGAUUGUGGGAAGUGUACAGUGGUGUCGUUUUACUGGUGGCUCUGCUCUUCAGAGCUCAUAAUCUGCCCACGUUGGCCUGCUGUCUGCUCAUCCAGACCAUCAUGGCUCAAUUCAUCUGGAAGAAACUGCAUUACGAUGCUGCACAGACCACCAUAAUGCACUACUGGUUCGGCCAGGCCUUCUUCUACUUCCAGGGGAACUCGAACAACAUUGGUACGGUGGACAUCUCUGUGGGGUUUGUGGGUCUUGAGAGUUAUGUUGAAGCACCUGCUAUCAUCCUCACAGUGUUGAGCACUUACGCUGGACCUCUGCUCUGGGCCUUUCACCUCCUCUGUUACCUCAGCUCAGAAAGAGACAGGGCUGUAAUGGGUCUCGGUCACGGUAGUUACUGCUUUGCUCUCCUGCGGUCCAUUCCUGCUGUGUUUUACGUGGUUCUGGUCAUCGCCCUCCGAUAUCACCUUUUCAUCUGGAGCGUGUUUUCUCCCAAACUCUUAUACGAGGCCAUGCACACCCUCGUCACUACAGCUGUGUGUCUGUGUUUCACAUUCAUGGAUCAAGACCGCUCCACCCGACCUUGAGCACGUGCCCUGAAACCCAGAACCAAAUCCGAACUCAGGUACAGAAAGGGCAAAGAGUUUUAGGAUUGGUGAAUGAAUGUUUCAGUGGAUGUUCUGUGUAUAAAAAUCACACCCUGAUGUGAAAGAGACGGUGAAGGAUACACGCUAGGUGCGAACAUCACAGCUGAGAACUUGUGAAUCAGAUGAUGAAUAAGCCAUGAUGUUUUUACUGCUUUCCAUGUAUGGGAAUAAAUGAUAUUUCUAUGAGCAUUUUUGGGGGUAAAUGAUUGCACAGAUAAUGCUGUAAGAAUUGUAAAAUAUGUUACUCCCUCUUUCUAUGCAGUUUUACAGAUAAAUGUAAUUCAUGUAGUAUUUUACAAUGUAUGCUCCUGACCCAUACUUCACCUCUGAAAUAAUAAUAAUAAUAUGAGAUGUGUCAUUAAUAACUCAACUUAAUGUAAUUGUAGAACUUGGAGAGAUCUUAAAAGUCAUUUAAAUGAUAUCUAAACAUGACUAUGCAUGACACGUUUAGUUAAUCUGCCCUUUGGAAAUGUGAAGUAAUUUAUUUGAGUAAGUGCUUGUUCUUUAUCUCAGUGAAAAGAUCUGAUUAAUAAUGAAACAAAUCAUUUUAAGCUUCAAAUUAAUAUAUGCAUUUUUUAAAGUGUGA